AUUUAGAUCCAAAUGUCCGAAGAUAAAUUACAAGCAGCCAUGGAUGCGAUUAGUGACUUCUAUUUCGGAGAAUCCGAAGAUAGUGGCGAACAAAUGUUCAAAAAAUUUGCAAACAAACAUAAAGAGUUGUUUGACGUCACAGAAGGAACUGAUAUGGAAGAGCAUAAACUAGAAUUUACAGAUGUGUACAAAGAAUUCCAAACUCUUUUUGAGACAAAGAUUGAAGAACUAGUGGAAAAAUCUGGUGCUUCAUCUGAAGAGUUUGUAGAAGCCCUCAAGGCUAGAUCUAAAACAGAUGAAGAAGUCAAAAUGUUCCUUGAAAUCAUUGUCAGCGUUGCUGAUUAUCAAAAUUUCUUGGAAAUGAUGGUGGCUCAUGCCAGCACAAGUCACACCAUGGGGAUGUAAAUUAAGAGCAGCUGUAACAAAUUUAUCUUGUAAUGAUCCUCCCUUAUGUCAUA